AUGUCACAAGACGUCUGCCACCGACCGCGGCGAUCCCUCAACGAAUUCCUGUCGACAAGAGCGAAAAAUACACGAGCCGAGCAUGCGACGGUAAAAAGUUGCGCAUCGGAAGCCACGCUGCGGGAGGCGGUCCCUGCGCCCGCGCCGAUGCCAGGUCGCUGGCGGGGACCGCAGCCGCAAAUGAAUCUCGCAAGAAAGUUCCUAGUUCUCAGUAUCGAAUUGGAGAAUUUUCGAAAGGACAUCUUGCCGCGCGCGCCGGCUCUUACAAAAACAAAACCGUCUGGAAACGUUGCCGUUGCGCACGCGACUCUCGUCGCCGACAAGCACUCCCGCUAA